GCGGCCGCUCCCGCUCAGAAACGCUGCCUCCAACAGCUUGGACCAGUCGCCAUGGCGAUAACUGCUCUUUUGGUUAUAGCGCCAACCGGUUACAGGGAGAGCUUGUAGGGCAUUUCCUCUCUGUUAAGCUCGGUGUCCUGAAUCCGCAGCUGUCUGCAUCAGCAAAGUGUCUUGGCAUCACUUCUCGUCCUUCCUCCGGAGUCAUGUGAAAGGGGUCCAGGGUGGUUGCUCUCGCCGUAGACCGAACCCUCCUCCCCGUCUGCGAGGACGUCCUCUCCCCAACAGCCGCAGUGGCGUAGUGUCCCUGUCUCCGCUGCCCCCUCCCCGGUUCGGUCCGGUUUAUCAACCUGCGCCUCCUCGGCGUACGGCGGAGCCGAGGAUGAGCGAGCAAGGGAAGGGCUCGGCAUCCACCUCCACCGCGGCCCCAGCUCCGGGGUCGGACACCUACAAAGGCUGGCUCUUUAAAUGGACUAACUAUCUGAAAGGGUACCAACGGCGAUGGUUCGUCCUUAGCAAUGGCCUACUUUCCUACUACAGGACACAGGCAGAGAUGGCGCAUACAUGUCGAGGAACUAUAAACUUGGCCACAGCACACAUCGACACAGAGGAUGCCUGCAACAUUGUGUUGAGCAGCGGCGGUCGCACAUACCACCUGAAGGCGAGCACUGAAGUAGAGCGGCAGAGAUGGGUUACCGCGCUGGAGUUGGCUAAAGCUAAAGCCAUUCGCAUGAUGAAUGAUCAGUCUGGUGUUGUGACCCAAUCCUCAUGCACAAACUGCUCCAGUUGUGUCAGGUUUGAAGGGCGCCCUCUCUGGACGCCAUGUUUCAGCUCCCUCCACAGACGUUCAGCAGGAUUUAGAUCAGGGCUCGUUUCAGAUGACUCAGGAGAUGAGGAGCCCACAUCGCAGACAGACCGCAGCGAGAUCCAGGGUACCCUGAAGGUACUUGUCAACAAGCUUGAUGACCUUAGCACUUGUAAUGACCUAAUCGCCAAGCAUGGAGCCGCCCUGCAGCGUUCCCUCAGUGAACUGGAAGGACUGAAAGUCCCAUUGGAUGGAGGGGAAAAGAUCAAGGCAGUUAACGAGAGAGCCACCCUUUUCCGCAUCACUUCCAAUGCUAUGAUCAAUGCAUGUCGAGACUUUUUGGACCUAGCUGAGAGUCACAGCAGAAGACUGCAGCGGGCGCUGCAAUACGAGCGAGAGCAGCGUACCCACCUAGAGGAGACAAUCGAGCAGCUCGCGAAGCAGCACAACAGCCUUGAGCGAGCGUGGAGAGAAGCACCCACGCAUGCUUCCAGCACACCCAGUGCCCCAACCACCAGUCAGAACUUGGUGUCAGAUGCUGAACAUGCAAAGCACACUCAGAAAUUGCAUCAUUCAGGCUACUUAUCCAGCAGGAACAUUGGGAGUGAAAGGGUGAACAAAGAAGACGCAAGUGAUGAAGAUGAGGAUACUGAGUACUUUGAUGCCAUGGAUGACUCCACUGAGUUCAUAACAGUGACUGCCAGUGAAAGCACGCAACACAAGCGAUCUCAGAGUAAUUUAAGUGGAGCAAGCGGAGGCCAAGCCAGCAACUCUAACCAGGAAGACCAUAUGUCUCCGAUCUGUAAUGAUGUCUCAGCGAAAGAGCCGGUGCGAUGCAGGCAACGCCGGACCCAAAUCCCAGACAAGCCCAAUUAUUCCCUAAAUUUAUGGAGCAUCAUGAAGAACUGCAUUGGAAAGGAGCUCUCUAAAAUCCCAAUGCCUGUGAACUUUAACGAGCCCCUGUCAAUGUUACAACGUCUCACCGAGGACCUGGAGUAUCACGAGCUUCUAGACAAGGCGGCGCGCUGUGAGUCUUCCCUGGAGCAGAUGUGCCUAGUUGCGGCCUUUUCCGUUUCCUCGUACUCCACCACCGUCCACCGCACAGCCAAGCCCUUCAACCCUCUCCUGGGAGAGACCUACGAGCUCGACCGCCUGGAGGAAUUUGGCUACCGCUCACUAUGUGAGCAGGUGAGCCAUCACCCGCCUGCAGCUGCACAUCACGUGAUUUCCCGAAGAGGCUGGACCUUGAGGCAGGAAAUCACCAUUGCCAGCAAGUUCCGUGGCAAAUACCUCUCCAUUAUGCCUCUGGGUGUCAUUCACCUGCAUUUCCACUCCAGCGGGAACCACUAUGUGUGGCGAAAGGUCACAUCCACGGUGCACAACAUCAUUGUGGGGAGACUGUGGAUUGACCAGUCGGGAGACAUUGAAAUCAUCAAUCACACGACGAAGGAGACGUGCCAGCUGAAGUUUAUACCUUACAGUUAUUUCUCCAGGGAUGUCCCACGAAAGGUAACAGGUGUGGUAGCAGAUAGUAAAGGCCAGGCUCAUUACAUCCUCUCUGGUACAUGGGAUGAAAAAAUGGAAAGUGCUAAGAUCAUUCAGAGCAGCGAAGGGGCCAGCGGAUCAGAAGGGAAGCAGAAGACAGUUUAUCAGACCUUACCCCCCAAACUCCUGUGGAAGAAAUACCCUCUACCGGAAAACGCUGAGAACAUGUACUACUUCUCUUCUCUGGCUCUGGUGCUGAACGAGCCGGAGGACGGGGUGGCGCUGACCGACAGCCGGCUGAGACCCGACCAGAGGCUGAUGGAGGACGGCCGGUGGGACGAGGCGAACGUUGAAAAACAGAGGCUAGAAGAGAAACAAAGAGCUGUGAGACGGCGAAGGGAAGCAGAGGCCACAGGUGCACUGCAUGAAGAGUGUGAUUAUGACUCUGGCAGAGACUAUGAAGGCUACCAGCCGCUGUGGUUUCACCAGAGGAGGGAGUCGAUCACUGGAGAGACAAACUUUGUGUACAAGGGAGGUUACUGGGAGUCGAAGGAGAGAGAGGACUGGAGCAUGUGCCCUGAAAUCUUUUAGCUCAGGAGCUCGUCUCGGACGACACCGACCUCACCGGACAAGGAGCCGCUCAGCCUCUGGGCUGCGGGCCGUAGAACAAAGCCGACUUGUGACCACCACAAGGAACUAUAGGAGUGUGAGAAAGUGUAUUUCACACAAUAUCUGAUUACACAUUACCUCCAAAAGUGUUUUUGUUUAUUUUGAACGUAGAAGACAGGGCGUUCCCUCAGCAGUCCUCCCUGCACAGUGCUGAUUUUCUGCUGCUCCUCAAAUAAACUCAGUGCACUUUUC